AUCUUUCCAUCUCGAGCGCAGAAGAGCAGCGGAUGUGUUGAUGCUUUUGGCCGUUUUGUUUUGAUUUUUAAACGUCCGGAGUCGCUGCGAAACAAACCCGAGCGGACGCGCCCUCCGUUAUUGUCCUCCCGGGAGCUUGCAGCCGACAGAAAUGCGGCGUGUGGCGGGUGUUAUGAGGUAGAUUGAGCCGCUGCUGCUGCGCUUCGGCCGCGGAGACACAUUUGAGUGUAAAUCCGCUGCAGGAGAGUUUCCGGCCCGCGCGAGCAGGAACCAUGAAUUUGCGAGAGCUGCAGCUAAACGGUCCAUGAUGAGCAGCAUGUCUGAAGAUCGUGAGGUGCGCUGUCUGCUGUAGAGACGCCACGCCUGACCCCUGACCCCUGACCUGACCCGACCCUGACCUGCGGGUCCCACUGCCUGCUGGGAGCUGCAACUGUUUUCAAGUGUUUAGUCAUUUGAGGAGCUUUUAUGUCCAGAUCAGGAGCACUUUCAGACUCUUUUCUCAUGGCUUUGAUUGCUCAGACACUAGCAGCGGAGUUCCUGUCUGCAUCGAGUGACAAAGGAAUGAGGCUCUUUCUCUGGGCAGCGCUGUGAGCGUCUCGCUGCGGUCCGGCCGCAGAUCCACCUCGCAUUCAGGAACAUUGUGCUCCGUCUUCCCUCUUCUGAGCGUCAGAAUGAGACUUUGUGUCGGGACAGAGAGCAGUGUGUGAUCCCUCACGAGCAGCUUUGCACUGAUCCAGAAAGAUGAAUGGAGGACAGGAGAGGGCGGGUGUAGAGGGCAGAGGUCAGCUGGUCCAGGUGCCCAUCGGCUGGCAGCGCAGGGUGGAGGCCUCGGGGGUGCUGUAUAUCAGUCCGAGUGGAUCAGUGCUGUCCUGCCUGGAGCAGGUGAAGUCGUAUCUGCUGACCGAUGGAACCUGUAAAUGUGGUCUGGAGUGUCCACUCAUCCUCCACAAGGUGUUCAGUUUUGACCGUGGUGCGGUGGUGAAGCAGAGGACUGCGGAGGAUGUGAAGGCCGAUGAGGAUGUGACCAAGCUCUGCAUCCACAAGAGGAAGCUGAUCGCGGUGGCCACGCUGCACAAGAGCAUGGAGCUGUCUCCUCCGUCUCUGACGCUCACCAGCCCCGGCGGAGGCACCAGUGUGACCUCCGUGACCUCCGUGACCCCUGCCGCACAGCCGCGAGCAAUAAGGAAUAAAACCCACGAGGGUCAGCCAGAAUGUAAGAACCCGUUCAAGGCGAUGAUGGCGGCGGGGCAGCGGCGCUUCUCUCCGGAUCCGUGUGGCAUGCAGAAGCAGGAGGUUUUCCCUGUGUAUUCCCGGCAGAGACUGGCCAGCGGUGACCGUAGCGGGCAUGUGGCCCUGCUGAGCCCUCCCUCGCAAGCCUUCGGGGACGGAUCUCUGUCCCCACGAACAGAUGCUCUCGGCAGUCCUGAAGGGUUUGUGCGCAACACCCCCUGCGGCUUCCAGGGGACCGGCAGUCCUGGGGCCAUGCACAGCAGCAGCCGCAUCCCUCUGUCUUCUCCUGGAGCCAUGAUCCACGGCUCUCCCGCCUCCCAGUCGUCCUGUGUCAUGGCUGGAAGGAUUAACAUGCCUCUGUCCCCCCCAGUCUCCAACAAGAGCCCGAUCAUGAAGAAGCCCCUGUGCAACUACCCGGCCAGCAUGGACUCGAGCAGGACUGUGUUUCAUCACAAGGCCCCGUCUGCUCCCGGCCCCCCGCUGCCCCCUCCCUGUGCCCUGCAGAACAAACCGCUGUGCUCCGAGAAGGACCCUCUUGGCAUCCUGGAUCCAAUCCCCAGUAAACCCAACCCCUCCACUUUCCACCCUAAUGCCCACUCUCAGGUACCAAUGAUGAAUGUAAACAUCCCCCCCGCCAUCGUCCCGCUCCCGAGCAAUCUGCCUCUGCCCACAGUGAAGCCGGGGCCGGUGGGUCACAUGCAGAGGACUCCACACACCGCCUCCAUCUCCCCGUCGCCCGUCACCUCGCCCGUGCACAUGUCUGGGCCGGCCUUGGGCCGCAUGGAGGCAUCUCCGCAGCGCUCCCGUUCCUCCUCCACCUCCUCGGAGCAGGGCAGCUUCGCCGUUCCCCCCUGCAGCAGUAUGAAGAUCCCGCCGCGCUCGCCCAGGUCCUCCAUGAGCUCGCCCCGACCCGCUUUACCUUCCAGCCCAUCUGGCAAGCCGGACAGUCUUCACCAGUACAAAGAAAUACCCAGCCAGCUGCUGGCCGGGAUGAGCGGUCAGCACAACCCCAUGUAUCCACCCGCCCCGCAGAAAGAGCACCCGGGCCUUUUGGGAAUGCCACUGAACCAGAUCCUUAACCAACACAAUGCUGCCUCUUUCCCUGCCAGCAGUCUCCUCUCUGCGGCCGCCAAAGCACAGCUAGCAAAUCAAAACAAGCUCGGAGGAGGCGGCGGUGCUUGUGUGGGAGGUGUGGCGAGCGCGGCGGCGUCUGAUGCUAGCAGGGCUGUCGAAGGCCACAGUACUCUAAAUACCAUGUUACCACCCAACCCUUCCAUGAUCAUGCCCAGCGGCGAGGGCCAGAGCGGACGGGCGGCGCUUCGAGACAAGCUCAUGGCGCAGCAGCGUGACCCUCUCCGCAAGCGCAAGCUUCCUCCAAACGCUGCCAACCACGAGAACAGCUUCUUCAACAUGUCCAGCAUGAGGACGCCCUGUCCUUCCGCAGAGCAUAUGAGAAAAACCUCACGACUGUCCUCCAACACGUCAAUGGCCCAGUUACUCCAGUCUCUGAGCAACCACAGCUCCCACAUGAGCCGAGGCAGAAACCCAGGUGUGUCCGGCGCACAGGUCCAGCAGCGGCUGCACGGUCAGACGGAGGUCAUGCUCGUCCCCGGAGCCGAGUCAGCGGCACACGCAGCCCAGGGCCAGUAUCCGGGCAUGAUGAACCAGAUGCAGGCCACAGCGAUGGGAAACUGUGGACCCGUGAACCAAAGUGGACCGGUACCUGUCAGAAACCAUGUGCUGGGACACGCCAGCGGUCACUUUCAGCAGCGAGUCCAGCCGAACGUCAGCUGUAUGCUGCCCAGUGGCACUGAUGCUGGCUGCUCACAGCCCCUGACCGAUCGAGGCGAGGCGGCGUCUCUGAGCUGCAGCAUGGCUAACACUCCUCAGAUGGGCAGCAUGAUGCCGGCCGCGGGGCACAUGUACCACCAUCAGCAGCAGCUGCGCCCGGCACUGCAGGGGGUCUCCGCUUAUCCGGGUCAGGGGCAUUCCUUCGCAACGGCUCCUUUUACAGACAGUAAUGUUCCCAACUCCAACAGCUUGCCUUGCCUAUACCAGGAUUAUCAGGGCUGCAUGUCUGACGGUGGCCAGCCUGCUAUGAGUUCUCAUUCUGGAGACGCAGGCCUGUACCGAGAGGCUCCACAGAAGCUGCAGGGUCAGGGGAACGUUUCUAUGGCGGGAGCGUCUGGAGGCCACAGUUCAGUGGAGUCUGUUGAUGCAAUCUACAGAGCGGUGGUGGACGCUGCCGGUAAAGGCAUGCAUGUGACCAUCACCACCGGCGUGAGCGGCAGUACGCAGGCGAGCCCCGUCCCCGCGCUCAGUGCCAUGAGUGCCUUCACCGCCUCCAUCGGCCAGCCGCUCAGCCUACCUCACGCCGUUAAUGCGGUCAUACACGCGCCGCGUGGCUCGGAGGGGACGGAGCUGCCGUCGCAGCCUCAGCGUGGCCGAAUGCAGCUGCCCAACCACACGCGCAGAAGCUCAGAGCAUGGCAAGAACACGCCUGAUGGUGCAGACACACACGAGUAUUUCCGCUCACCUAGCGCCACCACACCUCGCCCGCAGUGGGACGAGCCCAACCACGCUCACUGGAGAGGUGAGGAGUUUCUGGAGUGCUCCACCCAGGUGCACAGCAGUCCAUGCAGCAGCAGAAGAGAGAGGAAGACCGGAGUCAUGGAGUGUCUGCAGGAGACCCGCGAGCCCUCCGACGCUCGGACAGAUGACAGCGCUAGCCUGCGGUUUAACCACCGUGUGAGAGAUCGACUGGAGCCGAUGGAGCGCUGUGCUCCUCUCAAUGGAGCGCUGCAUCGCGGAGGAUACGGAGAGCCGCUGACCGGAGACGACCAGUCACCCGGCUCCUCCACCAGCUUGGAAGGGCCACUGCUCAAAGACUACACUCACUUCAACGGGCACUUUAACGGACACUGUGUGCCCAGCCCCUCGGACACCAAGAGUCUCAGCAGCGAGGAGGAGCUGCGGCACCCCGACUCUCCUUCGGCCGAGCUGCUGCACUACAGGCCCAGGGCCUUCAAUGUGGGCGAGCUGGUCUGGCCGAUCAAAGGCUUCCCGCCCUGGCCGAACAAACUGAUGGGAGAAGAGCAUGGGCGCAAUGCCAACAUGCAGCUGUCAGAACAGGCCAAGGUGGAACCAGAGAAGCUGAAAACACUAACACAAGACCUUCAGGUGCUGGACAGAACCAGCAAAAAAAACAGGAAGGCGGGAAAACUGAAUCAUCAUCUAGAAGCUGCGAUUCAUGAGGCCAUGAGUGAGUUGGACAAGAUGUCUGGAACUGUUCACCAGGAUCAUCAAGUCAAACUGCCCAAACCCAAGAGGAGGAAGAUCUCCAGAUAACAGCAGCAUCAGGCAUCAAUGUCUCUCUCUCUUUGAUCGUGGUGCUACACUCUAGCAGAAGGCUCAUUGUGGCUCCGCCCUCAUCCAAUGACUGACAGGUGCUGGAUCAGCCAAUUAGUAAAGGCAGCAAAAACAACUUGCUGAAGAACUAUUUUUUUCUAGCGUACAAGGAAAAAUAUAAAAAUGCAAAAAAAAAAAAGUAAAAAUAAUUACUGCAUUU